UUGAUUAACCGAGUGGGUGGAACAGGUUAGCAUGUUAACGAUAAUUUCCCAUGUAAUUCGGGAUCGUUGUGAGUUUGCAAUUCGCCAUCGAACUAACAAUUAACGUGAUUUGAGAUGUUCGUUGGCUCUUCCCUUUGUUAUUAAUUCUGAUUGUUCAAAAUUUCUGCUUAAUCAUUGCUCUUAUAAGUUUCCUCCAUUCUGAUUGUUAUUCCGAUUCUCGAAACAAUUAACCCAUUCAGGGUACAUGAUAAACAUUAUCUGUUAAUGAUCGUCACUACAAUCAACACCUAAACUUGUUGAUCACUUAAAUUGUUACCGUUCAACUGUGAACAUCAAUAAAUCCAAUCGAAGCUCAAUUCUAAUCGAAAAUGUCGCCAACAAUUAUCCUGAUUUUCGUUUGUUGUUUAAUCAACUCAGGUUGGAGUGCUACGAUUUCAACUACAAUGUUCAAUUAUCGACCUUUCGACAAUUCUUUCGGUGAACUAGAAAUCGUUCAACCAAAUGUUACAAUUAACUUAAAUUGUUCUUGUAUCAUCUCAACACCAAAUCCACAAAGUUUUUCUGAAACAAUUCCUGGAUUAACUGUAAAUGGAAAAUCAGAUUAUCGGUGUAACCAGAACUCUUUCAAUGAUUGUAAACUCUCUUGUCUUUCAAAGAAAAACGAACCGCUAUUCAACAUUGAAUCUCGAUCCAUCGGUCAGAAUAUGACCAAUGGUGUUAAUCUGAACGAUUAUCUAUGUGGCCUGAGGGGAAAAGGCGAUUCAUCAACGAUGGUCUUCAUCACAACCCAAAUGGACUGUAUUGAGAAAUCAACGAACUUUGAACUGUUCAAUUCAAAAUCGCAUUCGUUUUCCAUGUCACCAUCAUCGUCAUCAGUUAAUUGUUCAAAUGAUGCAACAUCAACAUCACCAACAAUCAGUUAAUUUCCCUGGUGAAUGAAAACAAAAAGACUUUAAUAAUAAUCCUUAUGAAAGGAAAAACUUGUUUAAUUGUUGGUUAACUUUUCAAAGUUAAUUGUAACAAUUUAAAUUUCCGCAUCUUCAGAUUUGUCUUUGUUUCAUUUUAAUUAUGAUGAUAUAAUUUAAUCAACUAAUUAACUAUUGUCUCUCAUUCAAGUAAUAAUAAAACUUUUCUUCAAUCAUCAUUAAUAAA